AUGGCACAAACAUUACGUCUAGCAGUCUCGCAAACACACACUCUCUCUACAACAUCUGCAACCCUUGCCGCCCUCUCUGAAACCACACAACGAGCCUCGACGAAAUCUAUCGAUCUCAUUCUAUUCCCAGAAGCAUAUUUAGGAGGUUAUCCCCGGACAGCUACAUUUGGCGCAGCAAUUGGAGCUCGAGAUCCUAAAGGUCGUGAACAAUUCCUACAUUACUACAAAGAUGCUGUCGAUUUAGGGGAUACGCCAGAAGGAUCAGGAAAGAAAUGGGUAAACAAAGAACUUGAGGUUGGAGAUGAUGGAAAACGCGGAGAUGGAACAAGAGAGGAGCUUGAGAGAAUUGCGAGGGAGACUGGAGUAUUCAUUGUGACCGGAUUAGUUGAGAGAUGUGGUGGGAGUUUAUAUUGUGGUGUUGUCUAUGUUUGUCCAAGAUUAGGAAUAAUUGGAAAGAGGAGAAAAGUUAUGCCAACCGGCAGUGAGAGACUUAUAUGGGGUCAAGGUCAACCUUCAUCAUUGCGAGCGGUUGCUACCAUAAUUCGAGGUGUGAAACUUACACUGGCGGCUGCGAUAUGCUGGGAGAAUUACAUGCCCUUAUUACGACAAUCCCUUUAUAGCCAAAACGUCAAUUUAUAUCUGGCUCCCACGGCAGAUGCGAGGGAUACGUGGCUACCAUUAAUGCGAACGGUCGCGUGUGAGGGUAGAUGCGUGGUACUGAGUGCGAAUCAAUGCAUAAAGAGAUCAAAUCUUCCGAGCUGGAUUACUGGAUACAACAAAGAAGACAGUGCUAUUGAAGAUGGGCAUUUUGAUGGAUAUAAGCAUACUCAAUCAAGGUCGAGGAGGAAAUCCAUUCUUACUGAUGAUGGAUGUGAGAUUGCACUUCCACAGAGGAUAGAAGGAAUACCGGAGGUCAUCGAAACUCCCAAAAAAGAUACGUCUGAGUUUAUUUGUAGAGGUGGUUCGUGUAUCAUUUCUCCUUUGGGUGAUGUUCUUGCGGGUCCAGUAUGGGAAGAUGAGAAUGGUUUAUUAUUGGUUGACAUCGAUUUUGAAGAUUGUUUGAGGGGCAGAUUGGAUCUGGAUGUAGGUGGAAGUUAUUCGAGGAAUGAUGCUUUCAAAUUGACAGUGGAAGGGUUGGAUUUGAGCCCUCCUCCUUGA